GUAUUGUGGAUCAUAAAUAAAUAAAUUAAUUAAAUAUUCGGUUAUUACCCUUUGCGAUUAAAGGACACUUGUGCUUUUUACCUCAUGUCAUCCAUAAACUAUUCCUACGUGAGGAAGCGUCGCGACUUCGGCCGCCAGCCACUGUUCUGUGAAGUGCGCGAGCAGAUGCUGGACUCCAUCCUGCCCGACGUGUCCGUCCAGCGGCAGUUCAUGCUGCGGAACCCGGUGCACCAGGGGACGCAGGCCACCGUGCCGCAGUCGGAGUGCACAGUGAACACCCCCGUGACCCUCACGCGGGACGCCGGCGCCAACCACGUGGAGGGCGGCUGGCCCAAGGAGGUCAACUGCCUCGACGAGGAGACCACCGCCCGCUACCGCCGCCGCUUCGAACGCGACGACGCCUACGUACACUCCGUGCUCACCCUGUACCCGCGCCUCAAGCACUACGUCAACCAAAACAACGCCAUCGAAAUGUACGAGCGAUACUUCAACGACAUGCCGCCGGAAGCGCCGGUCGAGAAGAUAUUCGCUCGCCUCAAGACUGUCUGCCGCGACCCCUUCCAUCGACCGAUCGCGAGCCUCGACUGGACCAACGACGAGCAAUCCCGAUUAGUUGCCACGUAUUGCAAAAAAACUCAUCCGUACGAUCAGGAAGAGAAAAGUAACACAGGUUACUUUUGGAAUAUUGAGUACCCAAACGAUCCCGAAUCCGAAUUUGAGCCUCCAGUGCCGUGUUGGCAAAUUGUUUGUCCUCCUAUGAUGCCGACUACAGUUAUUGGAGGGUUGAAAGACGGUACUAUUUGCGUUUUCGAUAUCCGAGAGCAGAAAACACCAGUCGCGAAAUCUCCUCUGCAUUUAGCCCAUCGCGAUCCUGUUACCGUUUUGUCGUUCAUGGGUUCUCGUCUUAACAAUGAGUUUUUUACCGGUUCAACAGACGGGCGCUGCUUGUGGUGGGACAUUAGAGACAUUUCUGAACCCGUUGACGAACAGAUUAUGUCAAUUAGGCCCCCUCCUGACGAAGAAAUCAGUAUGGCUAAUGCGGAGGGUGUGACGUCUCUACAAUUCGAUCGCGCUUUUCCUACGAAGUAUUUAUGUGGCACAGAUACAGGAUUUGUGGUAACCGUAAAUCGCAAAGGCAAAACCAAUACGGAGAGGAUGACGAUGAUCAAGAAGGCACACAAUGGUCCGGUGCGCGCGGUGAGCAGGAACCCUGUCUCACCAAAAGUUAUUUUGACUUGUGGAGACUUCACGGCGCACGUGUGGAAUGAGGACAUCUCCCUAGCUCCGAUAAUAACGGGGACGAGCAGCCGCUACCCAGUGAACGACGCGGCGUGGGCGCCGAGCCGCGUGUCCAGCUACAUGACCGUCGGUGGGGACGGAACCUUCCGCUUCUGGGACAUCUUGCGUAAUUACCGGGACCCUUCACUCACCUUCCUUCUGUCAAAGUAUCCCCUUCUGAAUAUCAAACCCAAUGAGGAAGGUUUCAUUGUGGCGAUGGGUGACGAAGACGGGGCGGUUUUCUGUUUGGCUUUAUCGGAGAAUAUGGUUAUAUCCGCCGCGAAUGACAAGGCGAUGUUCGGGCGCGCUAUCGAGCGCGAGAGUAAGCGGGAGCACACUCUCGAGUCGCGGGUGAAGGAGAUUCGUCUGAAGAUGAGGGAGGCCGAGGAGGCGGUGAACCUGCCGCCGGAGGAGCCGCCGGACGAGGAGGCGCUGGACAGAGAGACUGAGGAGGAGUACAAGAAGGCUGUCAUGGAGGGGAGACUGGAGUUCUUUUCAACCUCUGCACUGCCGACUCUAUCACCACCGCCACAGCUGAAAAAGAAGAAGUAAAAGGCGUAGGUACCUACUUAAUUAGUUCUUUAUUUAAAGAGGUCGUAUUAUACGAUUUUCAUUAAUUAAAUAUUCCAGUUAUUA